AUGCAACGAGUACUUGGCCGUCAGAUUUUGAAGCCUGUCCGAAGGUGGAAAUCAAUUUUGACAGCAACUCGUGAUGUAUUCUUUCCUGAAACAGUCGUUACUACUCUCCCAAGUGGAUUUCGAAUUGCUACAGAGGAUACCAAGAUCCCAACAGCUACAAUUGGAGUCUGGAUUGAUGCGGGAUCCCGGUACGAGAACGCUGCGAACAACGGAACUGCUCACUUUCUUGAACAUAUGGCCUUUAAGGGCACGUCACGUCGCUCGAGGAGCGGAUUGGAGUUGGAAGUGGAGGACAUAGGUGCUCAUCUCAAUGCAUAUACGUCACGGGAACAAACUGUUUACUAUGCCAAAUGCUUUUCUACCGAUUUGGAACAAUCUGUCGAUAUACUAUCAGAUAUAUUACUUAACAGUAAUUUGAAUUCUCGAGAUAUCGAAGCAGAGAGAAGUGUUAUUUUGCGUGAAAUGCAGGAAGUAGAGCAGAAUUUCCAGGAAGUGGUUUUCGAUCACCUACAUAUUCGUGCAUUCGAAGGUAAUCCACUAUGUAUGACCAUCUUAGGACCAGUGGAGAAUAUCAACAGCAUUCAACGAAAGGACCUCGUUGAAUACAUCCAAACGCACUAUCGUUCCGGAAGGAUGGUGUUGAGCGCUGCUGGUGGUGUUCGCCACGAUGAAAUUGUACGAUUGGCUGAGAAAUAUUUUGGAGGACUGAAGCACGGCGACGCUUCUGCUAACUUCCAACCAGCGAGAUAUAAGCCAUGCGAAAUUAAUAUACCGGUGGAAGGAAUGGACUCCAUUUAUGGUGCAAUCGUAGUCGAAGGAGUGUCGUGGACUCAUGAAGACAAUCUUGCCCUAAUGGUGGCAAACACACUCAUAGGUGAAUGGGACAGAAGUCGUGGUUUUGGUGUGAACGCACCAUCGCGUUUGGCUCUGCGGUUAGGUCGAAAUGCUGGAGUUCAGUUAUUCCAGGCUUUUAAUACAUGCUACAAGGACACAGGUCUUAUUGGUAUGUACUUUGUGGCUGAAGAGAUGGCAUCGGAGUCUUUGGUUGAUGCUGUAGUGGAUGAAUGGCGUUGGUUGGCUACUGAAGUCGACGCAGAAACGGUGGAUCGCGGCAAACGGACUCUACUCACCAAUUUGCUUUUAAUGUUGGAUGGAUCCACACCUAUUUGUGAAGAUAUUGGCAGACAGCUUUUAUGUUACGGCCGGCGGAUUCCUGUCCCGGAAUUAGAGUUACGGAUCAAGGCUAUUAAUGUGGAAACGGUCCGAAACGCAUGUAGAAAGACGUUUAUUGAUGGACGAAUUGCGACAACAGUUAUAGGUGCUUCGGAUUCUGACUUUUAUAAUCCAGAAAAGUUGCACCAGCCGAUUCCCGUCAAAUGCCUUGAUUCAAGAGAAAUUACUGCGAUAGAACCGUGGUUUUCUACAGGGUGGCGAUCGUUACGUUUUGGUUGCUCACUUGUUCUAUAUUUCUUCGUCUUUCAUCGUCAGCAUUCGUUACAUCGUAAAACAGUGCUUUACGCUUGA